AUGGCUUUCUUUUAUCCUUCCGAUCGGAAUGAAUAUAAUUCGGCAAUUAUGGCUAUUGCAAUCUUCCUAUUAAUCAUUCUACAAACAGGAUUUGCGCAAACUAUUAUAAGCUAUUCAAAUUUCACCUAUACUGAAACAUUUAGCCGGCCUAAUGUUACUGAGUCUCCACCUCACGUCUUGGAUAUUAAGCAUUAUGCAGACGGUACUGAUACAGCGGUUAUUCGCAUUGGUCGAAUUAACUAUUAUGAUGGUGCUAAUACAUGCUUAGAACAGAUGUUAUUACUUCGUAUUCUUCAAACCAACGGAAGUGUCACUGAAAUAAAUUAUAAUAAUACUGACAAAAUACAAGAAAUUAAUUAUUGUUAUGUUAAUAGCAAUCUUGGCGUUAAAACUCCUAUAAGUAUAUAUCCAUUAUUUGAUAAAUACAUUCUAGUGACAUACACUUAUGCAACCAAUGUCUCCGAUAAUACCACAUUUAUGGAUAGUGGAAUGGUUAUAGAUUGGAGUGGGAAUGUUAUAAGUACAAUCGAGUUUGGACCUUCUUAUUUAUUCCCGAACAGCUCUAUUUGGACACCAAAUGAAUAUUUUGUUAAUAACAUUGAUCCUCGAAAAGGAUUUUUUCGUUUAUCCGCGGUGCGUGGAACAAAUAAUUUUGAAUGGAGACAAUAUGGAUAUAAUGGAAGUUUCAAUUUGUUACAAAAUGAUACGUUCCUUACAGAUAGUACAAAUAUUACCAACUUUCAAGUUACGGUACUUCAAUCUUUAGAUAACGGAUAUUAUAUUGUGUAUGCUGAAACUGGCAGUCAAGAUUCAGGAUUAUAUGCUGUUAAAUUGAAUUAUAAUAAAACAACAGCCGCAAAAUUUCUUUUAUAUCAAUUUGCGCCAAAUAUAACAUUAAUUAGCAUAUUUUGCUCUAUCGACUAUGUUUAUGUCGGUCAUUCAUGUUAUGCAACUAUGGUAAAUAUGACAACCUCAACAAAUACUACUAUGGCCACAACUGAGAAAAUACGCUUUCUCUCCGAUGGAGCUUUACUGGCAGAGAAUCAAAUUAUUCCCUACGAAUAUUCAUCGAAUAUCAGAAAUCUGCCUCUUGGAGGAUAUGUGAUAAUAUCGCGACGACCAUUUGAAUCUAUUAUAGAAUUUAAUUUUAGUCUUUAUAAUGAAAAGAAUCAACUAUUUAAUUAUGAAUUUCCACCGAAUCCUAUUAUUUCAAAUUCACUGGGAGUAUUUGAUAUACUGCACAAUAAUACGAUGCUGGUGGCGCAAAAUGAAUCAUCUACCACUUGGAAUCUUCUUUCAAUUCAACUGCCAUCACUUUCCUUCCGCAAUGAUAGUAAUUUGCCGUUAUAUGUGAAUGCAACAUACCCUCAAAAUGGGAGUAAUAAUCUAACAGUAAAUUACAACAACACGAUUAACAUCACAUUUCAAGAUCCAGUUUCGUUUGCAAAUGGCAAACUGUAUAUUUACCAACCAUCUAGUCAAGGCAAUAUCCUUCGACAAUUUGUUGAUUCAAAAACUUGUACUCAAUGUACUGCUUUAGGCAAUGUCGUCACACUUAAUGUGUAUUAUUCUACUUUUGAUGAACCAAAUGGGAAAUAUUUCAUACAAAUGGAUUAUAAUUUUGUACAAAACUCGAUGUAUAAUGAGGCUAUUUUGGGUAUCGACCAAUAUGUAUGGACUUUUCAAACAGCUAAUACCGAUAUUAGUCAAGGGUCAAUUGAUUCUGGUGAUAUCUGGGGAUCGCUACGAUUGAAUAAAGAUGGGACUCAGCAUUUUCAAGAAUUGAACAAUUCAGAAAAAUCUAACUUUAUUAGUACGUUGAUAAAUGAACUUACAGUUAUGGUUCCUACGGAGAAUGGUAGAUUGAGCUCAAAUGGGCAUUAUCAAUUUAACGAUAAUAGCAAAUCGAAUAUUCUUAUUUCACUUUCCAUUAAUCGGGCAAAAAAUGGCGAAAAAAUGCUUAACACACAAUUAGCGAAAAAUUUAAACCAAUUAAUAAUAAAUGGAGAACAUACAUGUAUAUCAACGGGAACUACUACAAUUUAUUUAGACUAUAAUAACGGAUUUCAACAAACUAGUAAGAAUCUCUAUAUUUAUAAUUAA